AUGACCAUCCCAGAUGAAGUCGACAUUAUCGUCUGCGGUGGUGGAAGCACCGGCUGCGUCAUUGCCGGUCGUCUUGCCAACCUGGGCCGGAAUCUCCAGGUUCUGCUGAUCGAAGCGGGUGAAGACAACUUGAACAACCCAUGGGUCUAUCGUCCGGGCAUCUACCCCCGGAACAUGAAGCUGGACUCCAAGACAGCCUCUUUCUACUACUCCCGGCCCUCGGAAUGGCUGGAUGGACGGCGAGCUAUUGUGCCUUGUGCCCAUGUUCUCGGCGGAGGCAGCUCCGUCAACUUCAUGAUGUACACCCGGGCUUCUGCCUCCGAUUAUGAUGAUUUCCAGGCCAAGGGCUGGACGACUGAUGAGCUGCUGCCCUUGAUGAAGAAGCAUGAGACGUACCAGCGAGCCUGCAAUAACCGGGAUGUCCAUGGCUUUGAAGGGCCCAUCAAGGUCUCGUUCGGGAACUACACGUAUCCCAUCACGCAGGACUUUUUGCGUGCUGCAGAGUCGCAGGAUAUUCCUGUCACGGAUGAUUUGCAGGAUCUGAAGACAGGCCACGGAGCCGAGCACUGGCUGAAAUGGAUCAACCGCGACACUGGCCGUCGUAGUGACUCAGCCCAUGCGUAUGUCCAUAGCACCCGGGCCAAGUAUAGUAAUCUGCACCUCAAGUGCAACACCAAGGUCGACAAAGUGAUCAUUGAGAACGGCCGCGCCGUUGGCGUCACAACCGUUCCCACCAAGCCGCUCGCAGGCCGCGAUCCCCAACGGACGGUCUUCAGGGCCCGCAAGCAGAUCAUCAUCAGCGGCGGCACCCUUAGCUCCCCUCUCAUCCUUCAGAGAUCGGGUGUUGGUGACCCCGAGAAACUCCGUCGCGCUGGCGUGCAGCCCCUGGUGAAUCUACCAGGUGUUGGCCGUAACUUCCAGGACCACUACCUGACCUUUUCCGUCUACCGGGCCAAACCAGACGUCGAGUCCUUUGAUGAUUUUGUCCGCGGAGACCCAGAGGUGCAGAAGAAAGUGUUUGAGGAAUGGAACAUCAAAGGCACGGGGCCUCUAGCGACCAACGGCAUUGAUGCGGGGGUGAAGAUCCGCCCCGAUGCAAAGGAGCUCGAGGAGAUGAAGACCUGGCCAACCAACGACUUUUACAAGGGAUGGGAGAGUUACUUUAAGAACAAGCCGGACAAGCCAGUGAUGCAUUACUCUGUGAUAGCCGGCUGGUUCGGCGACCAUAUGCUGAUGCCCCCGGGCAAGUUCUUCACCAUGUUCCACUUCCUCGAAUACCCCUUCUCCCGAGGCUUCACCCACAUCCAAUCCGCCGAUCCCUACGAAAGCCCCGACUUCGACGCCGGCUUCAUGAACGACAAACGCGACAUGGCCCCAAUGGUCUGGGGAUACAUCAAGUCGCGCGAAACUGCCCGACGCAUGAAUGCCUAUGCGGGCGAGGUGACCGGCAUGCAUCCGCACUUUUCCUUCGAUUCGCCUGCGCGAGCCUUUGAUCUUGACCUAGCCACUACGAAGGCAUAUGCUGGUCCGAAUCAUAUUUCUGCGGGGAUUCAACAUGGUUCUUGGUCCCAGCCUCUUGAACCGGGCACUUCGCCUGCUUCCCCAACGAUGCUCAACUCUAAUAAGCAGGAGACUCGGGAGUCGUUGCAGUAUAGUAAGAAGGAUAUUGAACAUAUCGAGAAGUGGGUCCAACGCCACGUCGAAACAACCUGGCACUCCCUGGGUACAUGCAGCAUGGCCCCCCGCCAAGGAAACGCUCUCACCCCACACGGUGGUGUCGUCGACGAACGCCUAAACGUUCAUGGAGUAGAAGGACUGAAAGUAGCCGAUCUCUCCAUCUGUCCUGACAAUGUGGGGUGUAAUACGUACAGUACGGCCCUCCUCAUCGGAGAGAAAUGUGCUGUGUUGACAGCCGAGGAUCUGGGAUAUUCGGGUAAGGAUUUGGAUAUGAAGGUGCCGGAGUAUCAUGCUCCUGGGGAGGUGACGUGGUUGUCGAGGUUGUGA